UGGGUGGGCAGGGCAGGGCAGGGCUGGGGCGGACCGGGGGCGGCCCCGCGGGGACCUGGUGCCGGUUCGGCGGCAGCGCAGCCCCAGAGCUGCGCCGACAUGGACUGCGGAGUCAUCACGUCCAAGACCGUGCUGCUGCUGCUGAGCUUCGCCUUCUGGGCGGCAGCUGCCGGCCUCAGCUAUGUUGGGGCGUAUGUCAUCAACACCUACCAGAGCUACGACAACUUUCUGCAGGACAAGCACGCCCUGCUGCCAGCCGUGAUCAUAAUUUGCGCAGCUGUGGUGAUGUUCGUCAUCGGGCUGAUCGGCUGCUGUGCCACCUUCCGCGAGUCUCGGGUCGGCCUGGGGCUGUUCUUGGCCAUUAUCCUGGUUAUCUUCAUUGCUGAAGUGUCUGCUUUUGUCUUGGGAUUUGUUUACAGGGAAAAGGUAAAAACUGAUGUGCAAGGUACAAUGCGCUCGGUCUUUGAGAAGUAUGAUGGCAAAAACCCAGAGUCUGUAGUUGUGGAUUACUUGCAAGAACAGCUUCACUGCUGCGGUGUUAAGAACUACAGCGACUGGACAACCACCCAGUGGUUUAAUUCCACUGGGAACAACAGUGUUCCUCAGAGCUGCUGUCAGCAAGAGGCCAAGAACUGCACUGGGCACCUGGAUCAGCCGCAGGAACUCAACACAAGGGGCUGUGCACAGGAGCUGGAGUCUGGGCUGCAGAGUGUUUUCAGCUAUGCCAUGCUUGUAAUCCUGGGAUUUGCCAUCGUAAAGUUCUUUGCCAUGCUGAGCAUCUGCGUGCUUACUUGCAAGAAAGAAGAAAGUGGAUAUCAGCCUCUUCACACAAUGGCGUUUGCUUAAUAAACUGAGAACAGCCUUGCUUCCUGAUGAUGAAACUGACUUGUGAUCACACCACAGUUUUCUGAAACGUUAUGCUAAGUUUGGACCUGUGACUACAGGUAGCACUGGGUGGUGUAGUAGGCUCCAGAAAGAAACUUUAUUCUUCCCAAAAACGUGCAGCAGAAAUUUUAUCUUUUAAUCAAAAAAUUGGUGGAGACCUCAGGAGGGGUUUCAGUUGCCUGCACAAACCUCAGAUCCUUCCCAUUAUAUGGUUAAAACAACAAAAGAAACUUGUAAAUGCCAGGUUUAAAUACUCUUCAUAAGCAUGGGGAUCUGUAGUAUGUUUUUUUUUCUAUAUUUGAUUGAGCAGUUUCAGGUUUUUUCCCCUUCUUUAUGUCACAUGUUGUAAUUCUGUUUGCUGCAAAGGUUGUUAGUGCAAGACAGCCCCACACUUAAAGUCUCGAACAAGCAUUAGUGUGGUUGGUGGGAGCAGCUAGCUCAAAACCCCAGGUUCUGAGCUUUUGGGCUCAAAAGUCUCUCUCUUUGGUUUGGUUUUAAUCUCUAAAUUAUUGACAUUAAAAAUUCUUUAUGAAGCAGGGCUUUUGAACAUUUUCUUCCUCCUUUUUCUGUGGUUUGCCUGGGGGAACUAAUGCCACAUUCCCACCCUGACCAUGCUUCUCUGUAAAAAUAUUAAAAAGAUACAUUCUUGUACUAAGCAAUUUCAAUAAUGUGCUGUAGCGCUGCUUUUGCACAUUUCAGUUCUCCUUAGUUCUGCUGGACACAGACUGGAUUGUAUGCUUGCUUUAACACAAUCCUUCUGAAACUCGUUUGUAUGUUAAUCUGUUUAUAAGCUCUUCAGAAUUUUGGGGAUAGAGAACAGAGAGAACUGUGAGCUUUUAUGUAUCAGGGAAUUGUGGAAAAGCAACAGAAAUUCUGCUGAUUCCUUCCUUGGAGAGAUAAGCAGCCCGUCCUUAGUAAAAUAAACCUUUAUAUUUGUGGCUAAAAAGAAAAAAAAAAAAAUCUUUGGAUCAGUGUAAACUGUUUAAUUAUCUCCAUCCCUACCCGAAGAGAAAAAAAAGCAGCAAUGGUUGGCAAUGUCCUACAGAAGACACACUAGCACGAGCAUGUGUAUGUUGAAAACUUGAAUUUUUAUUGAGGGCUUUGUCUUCUGUUAAAUGCUGAAAUAAACUCAAUUUAUACAACCAAGUAAUAAA